CCCCCCAACGCACGACGUGCCGCGAGGUGCUGAGCCCGCGACUGCAGGCGGGGCCCCGGCCUGGGAGUCGGGCGCAGGGGGCGGCGCCCUCCGCGGCUCCGUGACUGCGCCUCUGCGCCCCCGGCUCUUCGCGGCGCCCGGGAUGCGCGGAGGCGGCGGCGAUGGCGACGGUACCUCGGGCCCUGCCUCCUCCCGGGCGGCGCUCGGAGCUGGGGUCCGAGCUGCGAGAUGAAGGAGGAGGGGCGCCGCUGCAGCCACCGGGCAGGAACCAAAGGCCAGGAGUUGCAUUCUGCUCUCUCACGGAACUUUUGUAAGGAAAGUACAGAAAAGCCAGCCUCACUUCCCAGAGGAGACAUUCAUCCUGCUGCCAUGACCCAUCCCAGCCGACCACUGUGAACAUAGAAGACAUCAUCAUCUCCCUUCGUGAAGGACACCAGUCAGUUACGUGGGCAUCCCCAGGACGGCAGUUCUGUCUGAUAGUCACUGGCACAGCCAUGCCCGUUACGGAAGGCUGAGCGGCUUCUAACACUGGGUGGUCCGCAGCUGCUUCUUGGAGCCCCCAGUAACCCCUCACUGACCCAGCCCCUUCCUCUGCAUCCCAUGAUCCAAUAACCCAAAGGGUUAACCUCUGGCAGAGCUGGAGGCCUCAGCUUGAGCUGGUGGUUAAAUAUUCUGAACAUCAACCCUGGACCUCCCCGGUGCUACUGGCUGUUCCUAAAAUGCUGGAUGAGAGCAGAUACCUUUCAGUUGUCAAGAGCACUGCAUCAGGCUCCAAGGAAGAACUUCAGCUGUCCCACUUGGAAGUAUCUUUGGGAACAGGGACAUGCGUCUCCAUGUGCAGGCUUUUCUGCCUUGGGUCUCUUUUGUCAUGUAUCACUCACCUGUGAGUCUGAGGCCCUGACUCCCUUCCCACAGAAGGAAGAGACCUUUCUCUCCGAAGAUGAACUCAACGGACCGUCUCCAGGACGCCCCCAACACCACCUUGCUCCCCGAGCCUCACUUCCCUGGGGGGAACCGCACCGCUCUGCAGGCGGACCCCCAGGGUCUCACCCACACGGCCACUUUGCCUUCAGGAAAUUCAGAACCAACUUUGAUUUCAUGAUCCUGAACCUGUCCUUCUGCGACCUCUUCAUCUGUGGAGUGACGGCCCCCAUGUUCACUUUUGUGUUAUUCUUCAGCUCAGUCGGUAGCAUCCCGGAUGCUUUCUGCUUCACCUUCCACCUCACCAGUUCUGGCUUCAUCCUCAUGUCCCUCAAGACAGUGGCCGUGAUCGCCCUGCACCGCCUCCGCAUGGUGCUGGGGAAACAGCCGAACCACUUGGCCUCCUUUCCCUGCACCUUGCUCCUCACAGUGCUUCUCUGGGCCACCAGUUUCACCCUCGCCACCUUGGCCACCCUGAAAACCAGCAAGUCCCACCUCUGCCUUCCCAUGUCCAGUCUGAUUGCCGGAGAAGGGAAAGCCGUUCUGUCUCUCUACGUGGUCGACUUCACCUUUUGUGUUGCCGUAGUGUCUGUCUCUUACAUCAUGAUUGCUCAGACGCUGUGGAAAAAUGCCCAAGUCAGAAAGUGCCCCCCUGUAAUCACGGUGGACGCUUCCAGGCCACAGCCCUUCGCGGGGGCGCCUGUGAAGGGAGGUGGAGAUCCCGCCCACUGCACCAUGCCAGCCCUCUACAGGAACCAGAAUUACAACAAACUGCAGCACCUGCAGACGCAUGGCUACACCAAGAGCCCUAACCUGCUGCCAACUCCUGCAGCCAGCCGGCUCCAGCUGGUCUCAGCUGUCAAUCUCUCCACGGCUAAGGAUUCCAAAGCGGUGGUCACCUGCGUGAUCAUCGUGCUGUCUGUCCUGGUGUGCUGUCUUCCACUGGGGAUUUCCUUGGUGCAGGUGGUUCUGUCCAGAAGUGGGAGCUUCGUCCUUUACCAGUUUGAACUGUUUGGAUUCACCCUUAUAUUUUUCAAGUCAGGAUUAAACCCUUUUAUAUAUUCUCGGAACAGCGCGGGGCUGAGAAGGAAAGUGCUCUGGUGCCUCCAGUACGUAGGCCUGGGUUUUUUCUGCUGCAGACAGAAGACUCGUCUUCGAGCCAUGGGCAAAGGGAACCUCGAAGUCAACAGAAACAAAUCCUCCCAUCAUGAAACAAACUCCGCCUACAUGUUGUCCCCAAAGCCCCAGAAGAAAUUUGUGGACCAGGCUUGUGGCCCAAGUCAGUCGAAGGAAAGUGUGGUCAGUCCCAAGCUCUCGGCUGGACAUCAAUACUGUGGUCAGAGCAGCUCAACGCCGGUCAACACGCGGAUGGAGCCGUACUACAGUGUCUACAACAGCAGCCCGUCCCGGGAAGAGAGCGCCCCCUGUCGCGCACAGCCGGUAAACUCCUUUGGAUUUGCCAGCUCCUAUAUUGCCAUGCGUUACCACACCACCAAUGACUUAAUGCAAGAAUAUGACAGCACUUCCGCCAGGCAGAUUCCAGUCCCCUCUGUUUAGAGUCACAGAGACUGGAGGAUCUUGUGUAAACUUUUUUUGUUUCUGAUAGUAAUUGAUUUUUUUCACUUUUGUGAGACCAGUAGUAGAACAAAACAAAGAUUCAACUAAACAUUCGGCGUUUACUAUUUUCUUUGGUCUGAGGUACUAGCAUCUAUUAUUGGUUUGCUUUGUGCUUUCUUGAUACUCUAAGAUUUAAUGUAAAAGUUUAUUAUUUAGAUUUGUACCCCGACCUGUGUUCCAAUCUUUUAUACUAAACUUUUAAAUAGAUGCUCUGCAUCUGUUUAAAGGGAUGACUCAUGCUGCUAUGUUAAAGUAGAAGGUGAACUGACAGCGAUCAUCUGAGUGUUGUAGUCCUUCCAGGUAUAUGUGAGCUGGUGUUUCAAAGAAUGGAAGGGUCUGAUCUUUGCUGAGAUGUUAUUUUUAUGAAUUGAAUUACAAAUGUUGAUUCUUUGAAGUACUGAAAUGGGGAAAAUACACUUUUUUGUUAGCACACUUAUUUGAAUAAAUAAUACAUUGUUAAAGCAGAAAAUCAGAAAUUUAUUAUCUGUAAUGAUCUUUAUCAAAAAUACACAGGUAUGAGGGACUUUCAUAAGGCAGUCAACCAAGAAUAGAGUAUUAUGAUUUUUAUUAUUUCUUACUAGAGACAUUG